ACCACUCGGUCCCUCCGAACCACUUGGCUGGCUAUUACACCCCGAUCGUGGUACAGAGCUGCCUCUUCCUAGUCCCCUCUGACAACCUCCUCUUGCUCUCCUAGAACGUCCCCUUCGCCCAGGCCCCGCCCCCCACCCGCCGCUCUAGCUUCCGCUCCUCUCGUUGGUUCGCGCUCGGCCAGCGCUGGGAAGAAGCCGGAGACCCGGAGGCAGCCGGCGGGUGGCUAGGUGGUGGGCGACGCCAGUCUACAUCUCGCCACUGCGGUGGGGCCUCGCCGCCCAGCCACCGCUGAAGGCCUGCGCCGUAGCUUCUUCAGGCCAGGUUCUGAAAACGGCGCCUCCCAGAGCGCAGAAACCAGGCCGAGUGGGCCUGCGCGCAACUCUCCCCGAGGUCUGGCACCCCCACUUGGAUUCCAAGGCCCCAGAACUCACGCCCACCCAGGAUCAGGCCCUGCGCCGCUUUCUCCCUUUUCCAGGCCAAAUUAGGUUCUUCUUCCCCACAAUUGUGUCCAGUGGCCCUGGGGCUCCGGAAAGUUUUGGAUGAGCCUAUCCCAAUAUUUAGAAAUGGGGCUUUGGAAACUGGAAGUCCUGGAGAGUCGCCCUUAGGGCUCCUGGUCGCCGGUUUCGGCGUUUUAUUCCUCUCCAAAGUUGAGGAUCCCCCUCCUGUUUCACAUUCACUACCACCAGAGGCGGCAUGGCCUCCAAGCUGUGGAGUGAGUGGAGCACGACCCUGUCCCACAUAGCACUGGGAGUGGUGUCUCUGCACGCAGCGGUGAGCACUGCGCAGGCAAGCCGAGGGGCCGCUGCUGGCUUCCUGCUCCAGGCCUUGGCCUCUGCCACCUUGCUGGCCCCAGGGCUGGGCACAGAUGAAGAUUAUCUUGCUGGAGCCUGGGUGGCCACUGUCAUCGGCCUGCCCCUUCUGGCCUUCGAUUUCCACUGGUGUACUAACGGUCACUUGAUGUGCGCUGGCUGUUUUAUCCACCUACUAGCAGAUGCCCGGCUGAAGGAGGAGCAGGCCACGUGCCCUAACUGUCGUUGUGAGAUCAGUAAGAGCCUCUGCUGCCGAAACCUGGCUGUGGAGAAAGCCGUGAGCGAGCUGCCCUCCGAGUGUGGCUUCUGUCUACGCCAGUUUCCCCGCUCCCUCCUGGAGAGGCACCAGAAAGAGGAGUGCCAGGACAGGGUGACCCAAUGCAAAUAUAAGCGCAUCGGCUGCCCGUGGCAUGGCCCCUUCCACGAGCUGACGGUGCAUGAGGCCGCGUGCGCCCACCCCACCAAGACGGGCAACGAGCUGAUGGAGAUCCUAGACGAGAUGGACCAGAGCCACCGCAAGGAGAUGCAGCUCUACAACAGCAUCUUUAGCCUGCUCAGCUUUGAGAAGAUCGGUUACACAGAGGUCCAGUUUCGGCCGUACCGCACGGACGACUUCAUCACGCGCCUGUACUACGAGACGCCGAGGUUCACGGUGCUGAACCAGACGUGGGUCCUGAAGGCGCGCGUGAACGACUCGGAGCGUAACCCCAACCUGUCGUGCAAGCGCACACUCUCCUUCCAGCUCCUCCUCAAGAGCAAGGUCACGGCGCCCCUGGAGUGCUCGUUCCUGCUGCUCAAGGGCCCAUAUGAUGACGUAAAGAUCAGCCCUGUCAUCUACCACUUUGUCUUCACCAACGAGAGCAACGAGACGGACUACGUGCCGCUGCCCAUCGUCGACUCUGUGGAGUGCAACAAGCUGCUCGCCGCCAAGAACAUCAACCUGCGGCUCUUCCUGUUCCAGAUACAGAAGUAGGCGGCGCCGCCGUGCUGCCCGGCCCGCCCGGCAGCGGCUUCACAGUGCUCUCUGACCAUUUUAGCGAAGGAGGAGAAGGAACAAACGCAAACGUUGGGAAAGUCUGCAUGCGUGUGCGAAGGUGGGAGUGCUCUCGCCUCGCCCUCCGAGCCGCCUCCCCUGUCCCAGGCAGCGGAGGCUGGGCCACCUGCAGAGGAGACGGUGGCUCAGGGACACAUUGGGGCUGAGCCCAGCGGCCGUGCCCUGGCCCCCCAGCGCAGUGAGGCGCACCGUCUGCUCUGAGCUGCGCCCGGCCCCUGGGCCGGGCUCAGGAAGCACGCUGACUUCAGACGGCAUAUUUGAUUGCAAUUAAAAAGGCACCCUUGUUUCCUAC